GAGCGCGCGGCUGCCGGGCGGGCCGGGAACCGGGUCUGCGCGCGAGCCGGGCGGUGGGCGCGGACAGGGCCGAGGGCGCCCGGGAGCCGUGUCAGGCGGCGGCGAGAGGCGGGCGCGCCGGGCGCGGGGAGCCGUCGGCGGCCGCUCGCUGCGGGGACACCCCGGUGGAUGAACUCUCGCCGCCAGGCGCACGGCGUAGGGGAGCCUCGCAGGCGGAGGCGGCGGCGGCGCGGGGGGCGAGGCGGGACGCCCGUUCCCGGGGAAGGAGGCGCGGGCGUCUGAGCGAGGCCGGGCGCGGCGGCCUUCCCUCACGCGCCCCCCGAGCCAGCGCCCGCCUCCCGCGCCCGCCUCGCUUCUCCCGUCGGCCCAGGCAGUUCGCUCCCGCCGCGCCCCCGGCCCACCUGGUGGCCCCGGCCCUGGCCACCGCCCCCGCGGCGGUUCCCGGAGCUCGUCCCGGACGCGCGCCCGGGCGGCGGGGGCUCGGCGGCCACCGCUGCCUCGGGGGAGCGAGGGCGGGAGGGUGUGUGUGCGCGCUGUGAGCAGGGGGUGCCGGCGGGGCUGCAGCGGAGGCACUUUGGAAGAAUGACUCUGGAGUCCAUCAUGGCGUGCUGCCUGAGCGAGGAGGCCAAGGAAGCCCGGAGGAUCAACGACGAGAUCGAGCGGCAGCUCCGCAGGGACAAGCGGGACGCCCGCCGGGAGCUCAAGCUGCUGCUGCUCGGGACAGGAGAGAGUGGCAAGAGUACGUUUAUCAAGCAGAUGAGAAUCAUCCAUGGGUCAGGAUACUCUGAUGAAGAUAAAAGGGGCUUCACCAAGCUGGUGUAUCAGAACAUCUUCACGGCCAUGCAGGCCAUGAUCAGAGCCAUGGACACACUCAAGAUUCCGUACAAGUAUGAGCAUAAUAAGGCUCAUGCCCAAUUAGUUCGAGAAGUUGAUGUGGAGAAGGUGUCUGCUUUUGAGAAUCCAUAUGUAGAUGCAAUAAAGAGUUUAUGGAAUGAUCCUGGAAUCCAGGAAUGCUAUGAUAGACGACGAGAAUAUCAGUUAUCUGACUCUACCAAAUACUAUCUUAAUGACUUGGACCGUGUAGCUGACCCUGCCUACCUGCCUACGCAACAAGAUGUGCUUAGAGUUCGAGUCCCCACCACAGGGAUCAUCGAAUACCCCUUUGACUUACAAAGUGUCAUUUUCAGAAUGGUCGAUGUAGGGGGCCAAAGGUCAGAGAGAAGAAAAUGGAUACACUGCUUUGAAAAUGUCACCUCUAUCAUGUUUCUAGUAGCGCUUAGUGAAUAUGAUCAAGUUCUCGUGGAGUCAGACAAUGAGAACCGAAUGGAGGAAAGCAAGGCUCUCUUUAGAACAAUUAUCACAUAUCCCUGGUUCCAGAACUCCUCGGUGAUUCUGUUCUUAAACAAGAAAGAUCUUCUAGAGGAGAAAAUCAUGUAUUCCCAUCUAGUUGACUACUUCCCAGAAUAUGAUGGACCCCAGAGAGAUGCCCAGGCAGCCCGAGAAUUCAUCUUGAAGAUGUUCGUGGACCUGAACCCAGACAGUGACAAAAUUAUCUACUCCCACUUCACGUGCGCCACAGACACCGAGAAUAUCCGCUUUGUCUUUGCUGCCGUCAAGGACACCAUCCUCCAGUUGAACCUGAAGGAGUACAAUCUGGUCUAAUUGUGCCUCCUAGACACCCGCCCUGCCCUUCCCUGGUGGGCUAUUGAAGAUACACAAGAGGGACUGUAUUUCUGUGGAAAACAAUUUGCAUAAUACUAAUUUAUUGCCGUCCUGGACUCUGUGUGAGCGUGUCCACAGAGUUUGUAGUAAAUAUUAUGAUUUUAUUUAAACUAUUCAGAGGAAAAACAGAGGAUGCUGAAGUACAGUCCCAGCUCAUUUCCUCUCUAUCUUUUUUUUAGGCAAAACCUUGUGACUCAGUGUAUUUUAAAUCCUCAGUCAUGCACUCACAAAGACAAGACUUGUUUCUUUCUCUCUCUCUCUCUUUCUCUUUUCUAUGGAGCAAAACAAAGCUGAUUUCCCUUUUUUUUCCUCCUAAUCCAUACCUCCCUGAUUUUUUUCCCAGGUUAAAAUGGCCUUUAUCCUAGUUCCAUUCUUGGUCAAGUUUUUCUCUCAAAUGAUACAGUCAGGACACAUCAUUCGAUUUAAGCCAUCAGCUUAAUUUAAGUUUGUAGUUUUUGUUGAAGGAUUAUAUGUAUUAAUACUGUGGUUUUAAAUGUACUGCUCUGGAUACACACAUAGUUUCUUUUUUAAUAGAAUAUGCUGUCUUGUCUCACUUUGGACUGGGACAGUGAAUGCCCAUCUAACAGUUAAGUGUCAUUUGCUUUAGAUGUUUACCUUCAGCCAUAGCUUGAUUGCUCAGAGAAAUGUACAGAAGGCAGGGUCAAAGACACACAGGAGUCCUUUCUUUUGAAAUGCCACGUGCCAUUGUCUUUCCAUCCUUCUUUGCUUUUUUUUUUUUUCACCCUCUCUUUCAAUUGCAGAUGCCAAAAAAGAUGCCAACAGACACUACAUUACCCUAAUGGCUGCUACCCAGAACUUUUUUAUAAGUUGUUCUUAAAUUUUUUUUUUUUUUUUUUUUUUUGGUUCAAACGUUUCCUUUCUCUUUCUUCCUUAGUGUUUGGGCCACAAUUUUAAAAUGAUUUUUAUUAUUGGUAUGUGUUGCCAAAGCUGGCUUUUAGUCAAAUAAAAUGAAUAGGAAGAACUUAAAAAAUAAAAGCUGGUAUCUUAAAAUGAAGAGAGUAGGACUGUGAAGCCUAAAAUGAGUGGCUGAGAAUGAACCAGAAAAGCCAGUUGCCAAACAGUUGGUAACUGUAAAUUCGAUUCUCAUGGUCCAUUUUUUUCUUUGCCUUUAAGAUGACAUUGUUAGUGUUCAUGUCCCAUGUUCAGUGUCCAAACUGGCAAUGUAGAAAAGUACCCUGUGUGGUUUAACAGGAAAUCUGUUUAUGUCUCUUUAUCUGAAACCAGCUUCACUCUCAAUGGUUCCUUAAGUUCAGUUAAGUCUGCCAGGAACACUGGUUGACAGUACUGUUCUAACACCUUUAAUUUCCCAAAUCUCAAGUUUCUUCUCAUUUACCACGUUUCAAGGUCUUCUUGAACUGGUAACUGGUUAGGUUGAACUUAAGAACGAUUUGUGGACUUAACUCAAAAGUAACCUCUCAGUGUUCUAUAGAACAUGUAUUUGUGUAACUGAACCUGCUAGGAGAAAUGUUUGAAAUUCUGUGUGUGCAAUUUUUCAACAAAUGCAAAAAAAAAAAAAAAAAUACAGCACAUAUACUGAGAAGCUUCUGUCAAGCAGCUUCAGUUGAAAUUUGAUUUAAGAAAAUAAAUCAUGAUUGUUUAAAGCUGCUGGGACCUUAGAGUUAGGUCUUGAUACUGGUCUCAUUUUAACUAUAGUGGUAUUUGGCACUAGUCUAAACUUCCAUAUAAAUCACUCUUGUGGAACAGAGUAGGAGGGAGAAAAUUAACGGCCUGUUAUUUAAGUACCAAAGCCGCCAAACGUAAUGAAAUGUUCUCAUUCUUCAUUCUCUUAGCUUCAAACAACACAGUUUACUUUUUUCCCCCUUGCUCAGAAAGCACCUGUAAUUUAACAAACAGACUGCCUGUAGGUAUAGUGCAAUUACGAAUGCUCUAAUCAUUGUACAUACAUCUCUUUUGAGAUUGCAGCAUCCAUACUGGCUUUGUAAUCAUUAAUUUUUUGGCAGAUUGAAUGUGCUGUAUUGAUAUGUAUCUAUGUAAUUGUAUUGUAUGUCUAUAGCUAAAUUCACAUUUUGAAUAAUGUUAUUUUAUUUACUUUUUUAAGAGAGGAGAAUGUAAAUUUGUCAGUUUAUUUCUGACUAGGGAUAUUUUCUUUCCAUUUAGAAAAGAAGAAAAAAACCUUACUGUCGUACAGAGCGGUACUAGCAUCGUGCUGUAUAAAAUCAUUUGCACAUUCCUGAGUAGAGGUAUACUGAUUAUAAGACCCAAAGGCAAUUUCAUAGCAAAAUACAUAAAAUCAGUCGGAGCUUUUAUACAAACAUGGAAACCAACUUUGUAGAACUUUUGCCAUUUGAUCUAGGAUUGGAAUAUGAGCUUUUAUACAAUUCAUAUUCUUAUUUGGCAAAUGCACAGUUUAGUAUUACCUCUCUGAUGGCCUUUACUAGAAAGGCAGUUUUAGAAGCUAUUGUGAUCCACUAAGGAAAUGUUUUAACAGCUAGAGACCACUGCUUGCCUGAAAGGGCGUUCUUAAAUUUGGUGCAGCAAAAAAAAAAAAAAAAAAAAAAAAAAGAAAGGAAAAAAAAGUAAACAACAUCAUUUGAAGGCCUACAGUGUGUAUAGAGAAAACCUCUUCACAAGAUCAUAAGUGUUACAGUUUUAGGGAAUCAAGAUAUUCUAUUUAAUAGAGCUAUAGUAGAUGUAGUCAAUUAAACCUGAUCUCAAAGCUCGAAGAAGCUGAGCAAAACAGGGAAAGAUUGUUAUAUUUGUCUUUAUGAAAUUGGGAUGGAAUUUGCUAUGCAGAAUUAAGGUUUGUGGCUUCACUGUUCCUAUAGGGUGCAUGACAAGAUCCCUUCUCUUGAGAAAGGAAAAAAUUGAUCACCCUAGCAGCAGUGAUGCAUAGAAACCUAAUUGUAGCCACACUAGUCAAUCGAAGCUAAAGGAUUUUCUUUUUUGUUUCUUUGGGGUUUUAUUGAAGGGGCUAGGGGCGGGACGGGAUUCUUUUCAGUUUUGUAUAAAAACAAAGUUUACUCAUGCUUUAUAUUAUAUUGUGAUUGCAAGCGUUAUAAGCGUGUGCCACUGGCCUCCUCUUGUUGAUGCUUAGGUAUUGGAGGCCUGUGGUGAGUUUUAUGGUGACUUGGGCAUGUCUUAUUCAAAAACAAAAACAUAAAACACAGAAACCUUUCUUCAGCAUACCAAGGCAAGCAGCCAUUUCAUGACUCACUUAACACAUUGCAGUGUACCAGUUUACAGAUGAUUUUUCCCUUUUUGCGUGACAUGGCAGUUCCAACCCUCAGAGAAUUCCUUAUUUGUAAAUUGGAAGUUUCUACUAUGCCUUACAGAGCCUAAAUUCAGAAGUUUGUGCCUCAUAUCUGAAACAAAGGGAAAUAACACACCCAUUCAAAAGUAAAUAAAUCUAGAAGUUUUUGGUUUUUAACAUUUCCAUAUAAAGAGCUCUGUUGAAUGUCAUGUAUAGACUGGAAAAAAAAUCUUAGGGACCUGCAUAUGUUGUUUACUAGCAGAUGACAACUACAAAAGGAAUUUGAAGAACACGUGAAACUUGUAUUAUUUUUUUUUUUGGUAGAUUAACUAGCAGGCCUAUUUUAAAAAAGGUAAUUCAGCUAAAGGGCAAUUUACUUUUUUGUACUUCAGACUAUCUUGAUUGUCAAAGUGUACGAACUGUAAUUUUAAAAUUUAUACUGCCACAUGAUUGUAAAUUUUAGUUGUCUUAAGUUAGGAUUUGGUGAAAAGCUAUUUAUGCUGGAUUUGGGUCAAAAUGACUUAUUUGCAAAAAAAAAAAAUAAAUAAAUAAUGGGAAGAAAGGGCUGUAUAAUGAAAUACUGCAAGACUCACAUAUUGGUUGGAAAUUUCCCUCAAAUCACCUACCGAUUAUCCUUGAUUUCCCUUUGUUUUCAGUUUAUCAAAAAGAACGAAUGAAAUGAAAUAUAGCAGAAUGUUAACCCAUAUAAAAAUAAAGUGUACCCAAAUACUGUAAUGUAUAUUGCUGCUCUUAUUCAAAUUAAAUAAGGGUUUAAAACCACUUAAUUGGUAAUCAACAUAAAUUGAUACAAAUAAGGUGUGCUUGAUAUACAUUAAUAUUUUCUUCCAAAGAGAUCUCUUUGGUUAGAAAUACACACAAAAAUUAAUUAAAACUAGUAAUACUGUAUAUUUAUCUAUCUACAUAUUUCCAGCAUAUGUAGCGUUAAUAGAUCUGUCCUGGUAACUGUGUCUUUGGGAUUUCAUUUUGGUUCCAUCAAAUUAGGAAAAGAAAUGGCUUAGUUGUAUAUGAUUAGCUAGAGAUUUUUGGAGCCAGACACCUGCUGUGUAGUAGAUAACUUAGUACAGAGUCUAAACUUGUCAGUUGUUUUUCUCACAAAAUAGCCAUUUCCUGCUGUCUUCCCAAUGAUCACUGCCCUUUCAGUAACACUCUUGCCUCUAGAAUCAUAUGUUCAAAGUAUGAAUACACACCUAGCACAUAGUAGGUGCUCAAAUAUUAAUUUCCUUCUUGCCUUCCUUAUCUACCCUGUGUCCUCCAUUUUCCCCUGUAUGAUUCCAACCCAAUAGCAAAUGACAUUGACAUGUUAUGAAUACAUCUAUUGGGUAAAAUUGGAUCUUGGAUAAAGAAAUUCUGACUUACGUAAGCUUUUGGUAGACAGAAAAACAGAAAGGUAUUCAUCGGUAGAACAUUUUUAAGUUCAGGAAAGGAAGCUGGAAUAGUACUAUGUAACUUUGUCCAGGUUACUUUGAAACAAACAUUUUUGGUGGAUUUCUUUUCCUCAAAGAAUUCUCUAAAUGCAACUCCUUGCUGGAUUCCUCACCUGUCAUGUUGGAAACCCUUACUAGACCUAUGUAUUUAGGGAGUUUUGUCAGAAAACAUUUUUAACUUGCAGUAUUUAAAAGAAUCAUAUUUACUGUUCUUAAAAUGUCAUUCAAAUGCAUGUAUUGUCUAUUGUUUGGGGAUGGGAACUAGUUUUGCAAAAAACACCUAAUGUUGUAUAAUAAUGCCCCAAUGAUCUUGCUGGUUAAAAAUACAGUAUUUUUGGCCAUAA